AUUAAAACAUGUCAGUCAACUUGUCAUCCUUCACACACGUCACUCAUCUCAAUCACCACGUCAACAGACCAGAUGGCUUAGCAGGAGGAAGUUAAACUUUAGGAUUGACUUCUGAUUAGAGUGAACAAACGAGCUGUUGGAUAAGGAGUAAUCCAAGAAUAUCACAAAGAGAGGAGAGGGAAACGCAAAGGAGACGAAUAAAAGUGUUUCAAAUACGAUCACUAUAGGAGCUCAAAAUGGCACCUAUUCUAGGCGGCAGAAGGGGAUCAAAUGCAGCAGGAACGGCAUCUGCUGCAGCAGCCGCAGCAGCAGCUGCUGCAAAUAAUCCAGCAUCAUCUUCUUCAUCGUCAGGACAUGGAGGAACUGCUGGCAGUUCAUCUGGAUCUAGUAAUGCAGCCGCAGUCUCUUCUGUACCGCCACUGCCUGCGAAUAAAACGUCAACGAUUCGUGGCUAUUAUGCUUCAGCUCAAGGAGGGAGUAGCUCAGGAUCACAAAUGCCCUCCUCGGCAACGGCAAUCGCUCCUGUCCAUCCUCCAUCUUCUUACGGAACGGGAGGUAUGCCAUAUUCUCCACCGAACCGAAAUGGCGCAUCUACGCAGAACAAAUUCAUGGCAAAAACCUCUACGGCUCCAAAUACCUCCUCAUCACCACAUUCGCACACAAAUAGUAUACCUAUGCCGACAGAUUCGGCAAUACAAGGAUCCGGUUACAAGUCUAUAGACAGCAGUUCGAUAGGGGAUACCAGCCUUUCGCCUAACGCAUCUCCUAGUGCCACUUCAGUACCAUCUUUUCCGACUUCGGCUCAAUCUUCAGUAACCUACUUUGCACAUGGCAAUCAUAGUGGAAUGCUAGAUCAGCAAAGCAUGAACUCCAACUUUACAACCAAUACAUCCUCUUCCUACCUUACGCCCAAUCAUGCCAUCAAUUCGGCCUUGUCUAGCUCACUCUCAGACACACCCUUGCGAGAAGCAUUUGCACGCAGGAUACGAUCGCUAGCAUACAUCAAGAGGACUCUUUCGGCAAAUCAACGAGAUCGCUACAAUCCAUCAGCCAAUCAAGCAUGGCUAGAUAUAGUUCGAAUCUCACGACAAGAUCUUGAUUCGAUUUACGAUAGCGAACCGAUGCGAAGACGAGCACAUCGAUAUUAUCUCUUGGGCUGUUCGCUAGCAUCAACGGUUGAACUAAUAUCUGUUGGAGAGUUUGCAAGGGCCGUCUUGGCGGUGAUCAAUGAGGUAGAAAUGACAGCUGAUGCGGGAGAUAAAGACAAAACAAAGAUGCGAAACUUUUUCAAAUCUUCCAUUCGAGGUGGAACGGCACGCAAGAGUGCAGGAUCUGUUGGAUUAGCUGAAUUUUCCAGUACCUAUGACGGUGUCAGUGUUGGUGGGCCUUCCUUAUCGUCUCUUGGUCCUUCAGGAGUGGAGCUAAUAGGAACGCACAUUCCCUUCCAACUGGACUUCUUACAGACAACGAUCACAUUUUGCGAUAUUCUGAUGGAAAUAUAUUGCAAGUUUACAUACUUUCUGAACAGUUCUGCCGGGGGAAUGCCUCAAGGAAGCAUGAGAGACAUCGAAGGACUACCAACAAGCGGAAUGAAUACGCAUGAGAACUUUCUCUCACCUACUGGCGCUCCUAUCGCUGCUUCCUCGAUGGAUGCGAUGCAAAAAGUAGACGCAAAAUUGAGAAAGAUUUUGGCGCAAAUCUGUAAGGAGAUAGAUGGCUUGGCAAGGCAACGGAUACGUGAAGAGUUAGGAUCAAUUGAUCCAUUGAUGGCAAGAGACAUCCAAGCUAUGGAUACCAAUACCCCCACCGCCUUUGGCACUCCUCAAUCUGGAACAUCUCUAGGCGCAUCGGCUCAUGCUCAAGAUAGUUAUCCUUCUGCUGUUCCAAUGACCAACCCAAGCAUAAGUGCGGGGGCACCGAUAGGCUCUAUGCGAGGAUCGAACAAGCUGGGAUCGAUUCAUUCCAGCAAUCCAAACAUGUAUGCUGGCUCAGCUCCCAAUUUACUGACCGCCGGUCAAAGUCCAGCUUUGAAUGCGGGUGGGAAUGUUCAUUAGGGAGAGGUAUAGAUGUAUAGUAACAAAAAUGAACCUUAGUGUACUUUAUAUUAAAUUCGGAAUACGAUCAGUC